AUGGCUACUCUGAUCUAUGUCGAUAAGGAUGGAGACCCAGGCACUGGUGUGGCUGCUAAGGACAGGCUAAAGCUGGGGUCUGAACCUUCAAUCAAAGCCUUAGAUGGGAGAUGACAAGUUUUAACACCAUGUUUUGGCAAAACGUUCGAUGCUCCACCAGCCUUACCUAAAGGUACCAGAAAGGCUUUGGGAACUGUCAAAAGAGCUACAGAAAAAUCAGUAAAGACCAAUGGACCCAGCACACAAAAACAGCCAAGGUUUUCUGCCCAAAAGGUGACUGAGAAGACUGUUAAAGCAAAAAGCUCUGUUCCUGACUCAGAUAAUGCCUGUUUAGAAAUAGAAAAAUUCUUUCCCUUCAAUCCUCUAGAGUUUGAGGGUCCUGACCUGCCUGAAGAGCAGCAGAUUGCACACCUCCCCUAGAGUGGAGUCCCUGUCAUGAUUCUUGGUGAGGAGAGAGAGCUUGAAAGGCUGUUUCCUGGGCCCCCUUCACCGGUGAAGAUGCCAUCUCCACCAUGGGAAGCCCAUCUUGCGGUCUCCUUCAAGCAUUCUCUUGACCCUGGAUGUUGA